AUGUCAUUCGACUUGGUAGACCUGGAAAAUCUCAUGGUAGAUGACGACUUCGCCAUCAUCCACGACGCUCUAAACCACCACCAUUUUGUCUUAUUCAAAAAACAACAAGAUCCCUCUCCUAGAGCCCAGUACGAGCUGACCGAACGUUUCGAUCCGGCCUCCGAAGAGUACGGCCAUGACAAAACCGCUGAUAAUUAUAUCCAUGGAUACUUCAUGGGAAUCCCCAAUCAACCCCAGGUUCAGAUAAAGGGUCACGGUUUCAUCAAGUCUUUCAUGGGCCUCCAAGACAUCAAGCUGCGGCAUCCUCAUCACAGCCGUACCUAUAGUGAGGUGAUUUCUGAGGACCAAGGCGACGACGCGUACACCCGCUUCAAUCGCUGGAAUAUUGAUGCGGGGUUGUAUGAUCUCAACCCGCCAAAAGUCACUACCCUUAUGGCGGUGCAAGUGCCCAAAUGUCGUCGCCAGACGAUCUUGUACGAUGAUGGUUACGGGGAAAAGCUGACUGCACCGCUCAACAUGCUUUCUCCGGAAGAUCAGGAAUUCUUCCGUACAAGCAAAGCGGAAUACGCACCACAUCCAUACAACUGGGUCAAACCCGCCAAAAUGCAUCCCACCGGCCUCAGCGUCUACACCGAAGGCCGUGAGAAGCCCGAAUCCAAGCUGCCCCCUAUCGAUCCUUCUAAGAUCCAAAUUCUCCCCAUGGCCUGGAAGAACCCGGUAACAGGUAAACUAUCUCUACAGGUCCACCCAGCGCCAAUCCGUAAGAUCCAUUGCGCCGAUGGGAGCAUCAUUGACAUUUUAAAGGAGGUUCGAGAUCUGAUGUACCGUCUUCAGCGUCCCGCGAUCAGUCCACAGUAUGUAUACGCGCAUGACUGGGAAGAGGGGGAUAUGGUGCUGUUCAAUAACCAUGGCGUGUCGCAUACAGUGGUGGGAUCGUUGAAACCUGAUGAUAUAAGAGUUUUUAGACAGUGUAAUCUGGCUGCUUCGGAGCCGCCAGAGGGGCCUUGA